UUGAGUCACAGAAUGCCAGAAAUGGCAGGCCGAGACCUCUCGAGGUUGUAGUGCCAAGGAAGAAGAAGAUGAAGAAUAUUACUUAUUCACUUUCUUAUGAAACGCUGCAACUGCAUCGUAGUCUGGCUUGCUGCAAUAAUCCGCGAUACUACGCAUCCUCUAUCUAUGUGGUCCACGGCCUAAGAAGACUUUACGAUCUGCGCCGCCUGGUAUUAUUCACAUGAUAUGACAUAGUCUUUUGAUGCAAGAUCGUCAGAUCACAGUACAGCUCCUAUAGCUCGUCGUAUUGGAUCCUCCAUUAUCCUUCCACACAUAUAAUAACACAAGUUAAAAGGACAGGAACCCUUCUGAAUUCUCGUAGGUGUAUGUGAGUACUAGGACUAUAAUUGUUUUAUACAGUCUCAGCUUUAUCUGUCCAAUAGGUUUUUUCAGUGAAGAUGAAGAAGGCUGUUUGCAGCCUGGUUUGCAGCCAGUACUCUUGCGCGUAGCUCAACAUCAAUGUUGUUGUCGGUGCUGACUUUUGACCCUUAAUAGGUGAAGUUGUAGACGACUAUAUCAUUCGCGUAUUCCAGGAGCUGAAUUGACUUACAAGAGAAGGUUAUAAAAGUUACCACCUGCGAGACACGGAUGACUCAACAUGCCUGGUAAACUUGACCGAGAUUCCAAAGAGCUUAUUGCGUUUUAUAGUUUUACCCUGGUUUUACUGUCAUUUGCAGCUUUGAUAUCAAUCAAGAUAUAGUAGGAGUGGAGCUGCUGCUCCGUCAUCUUCUCCAAGAUUUGUGCAUGGUAGAGAUUUGACCAGAGAUUGAUUUUUCGUUUGAAAUUUUCUCUUAAAGUUUUCAAGUUUUAGAGUUUUUUUAAUUUCUUCUAAGAGUUUUCAGCUUUCUCUUUAACGAAUGGGACAAGUCUGUUUUGCAAUAUCAGCGAGAAUAUCUUAUAGACGGUAUUAAAGGCAUCAAUUCACUCUUUCAUAUCUCAGUAAUAAUUUGACGAAUCUCGGUUUGUGAGCUAGACCACAAUUUGUAAUAAUUUUGAUCAUAUGCAAUGUUAUACGUCCAUAUAUUGGUUUACUAGACUUACCUAAAUCAUGUCGAUCAGUCUUUCAGCCGGUCAGUCAGAAUAGAUUUUUUUUAUUUAUAAAUUUAUUUUGAGUAUGACGGCUCGACGCCGUGUAGUCAAUAUCGCGUAUGUUGAAGAAUUACAAUUUCACCAAAAAAAAAAAAACAAAAAACGACCCUUAACAAGUCAUUUCUUCCUUAUCCCGGGCAUACUCGGCCUUGGAUGUGUGACGAAUGCAGCGUGGUUGUCCAGGUUUAUCGUGGUGGUUGUAUUGAAGUGGUAUUAGAUGUCCGAUAUUUUGGUCUGGUUCUAUGGAUCUGUGGGUGUGAUGGUGGUGGUGGUGUGCAUGAAACAUACAACAUCCUUCCGAGUUUGGAAGAGGUGCUGAAUCGAACCAACCCCUCAGGUCGUUGGCGACAGCGGUCGCGCUCUCGUUCACGUCAAGCGAACCGUGCUACUACUCCGGCUGCUAGUGGGCUGUGUUACUACCACGUACGGUAUGGCCAGGAAGCGCAAAAUUGCCGAGCACCAUGCUCUUUCAACAGCCGACAGCAACGCACCAACACGCCAUCUACAUCAGCAUGCCUAUCGAACGGAGACGUCGAGCAGGAAGUCUUUUCGAUUUCAGCGCCUAACUAUCGCCUAGUAGUAAUAGACCGCAAGACUAACCAGCAGUUUCUCAUCGAUACCGGUGCCGACGUUUCUGUGAUUCCCAAACAGCACAGCACCAUACCAAGUAAACCAUCUACCAUGCAGUUGUUCGCUGCAAACAGUACACCAAUUCGCGUUUAUGGAGAAGCUCUCUACAGCUUGGAUCUUGGACUCAGGCGAUCCUUCCUAUGGAACUUUGUAAUUGCGGAUGUAGGGAUAGCCAUCAUCGGAGCUGAUUUUCUCCAGCAUUUUCAGCUUCUAGUUGACCUUUGUAACAAAUACCUCGUCAACGCUCUGACAAAACUAUGUUCACCUGGUGUUCCAGACCAAAAUCCUUGGGAACCAUCCGUCAAAGUGUGUGAUUCCACGCCACCAAUCGCCGUCUUGUUGCGGGAGUUCCCCCGAUUGACAACACUUACCGCACCGGUAACACAUCUGCAGUUAGAGAUUACACACCGCAUCGAGACCACCGGACCUCCGAUUUUUGCACGACCUCGUCGUCUGUCCUCGGAAAAGUACACAGCUGCUCGCGCGGAAUUCGAGUCUCUCGUUCAACAAGGCGUGUGUCGCCCUUCCAACAGCAGCUGGGCUAGUCCUCUGCAUAUGACGAAGAAAGCGAACGGUACCUGGCGACCUUGUGGCAACUACCGUGCUUUGAAUGCGAAAACAGUCCCGGACCGUUAUCCGCUACCUUUUCUGCAGGACUUUACACUGCAUUUACAGGGAAAGACCAUAUUUUCUAAUGUUGACCUGCAUAAAGCAUACCACCAGAUUCCGAUACAUCCGGACGAUAUCCCUAAGACGGCCAUCACAACGCCCUUCGGUUUUUUCGCAUUGACUACGAUGCCCUUUGGAUUGAGAAAUGCCGAAACGUUCCAACGUCUUAUCUAUAACGUCCUCCGCGGUCCUCAUCGUCGGAAGCUAAACAUCGCGAACAUCUACGACAGCUCUUCGAACUACUGGAACAACACCAUUUGGCCAUAAACCCAGCAAAGUGCGAGUUUUACCAGACAAAGAUCACCUUUUUGGGCCACCUGGUGAACUCGGACGGGAUACGUCCACUCCCCGAACGCGUUAGAGCUAUCAGCGAGUUGAGUAGACCAACGAGCGUGAUGGAGCUGAAGAAGUUCCUCGUCAUGGUGAACUAUUAUCGUCGCUUCCUGCCAAACGCUGUGAAGGCGCAGGGCAUCCUGCUCGAGAUGACGCCAGGAAAUAAAAAGAAGGAUAAGACGCCGCUCACCUGGACAUUCGAAGCUUCCGAUGCGUUGGACCGAUGCAAAGAACAGCUCUAAAACGCCGCGCUACUGGCACACCCAGUGUCGAACGCUGAACUCUCGCUAUGGACUGAUGCUUCCGUUCUUCACCAGCUAGUUGACGGCGAACGACAACCUUUGGGAUUUUUCUCAAAGAAGUUUGAGAAGGCGCAGUGCAAAUACUCGACGUAUGACCGGGAACUAACGGCGAUAUAUCUGGCCAUAAAACAUUUCCGACACCAGGUGGAAGGUUGUUAGUUCUGAGUAUAUACCGAUCACAAACUGCUGACGUACGCCUUUAAACAAAAAAGCAACGAUACCUCACCCCGUCGAACAAGACAGCUGGACUUUAUCGGCCAAUUUACGACAGAUAUCCGCCACGUCACCGGACAGGAAAACGUUACAGCCGACCAGCUAUCCUGUGAGGAGACGGUGCACGCGACUCCUGUUACAGAUUUCGAGCGUCUAGACGAAGAGCAAGCCCGCGAUCCCGAACUUACCGACAUUUUGAGUGGCAAGAUAAGGACGGACCUGUUUCUUAAAAAAGUCUCCUAUUCUUGGAAGCUCGCAAUCUCUAUAUGCUAACUGUCCUUGUGGUAUCAUCCGACCGUAUAUAACAAAGUCGUUUCGAGAGCAAAUUCUGCAGGUGGUACAAGACUUGAGCCACCCGGGACCGCGACCCUUAGCGAGGCUAAUGACCGAACGCUUCGUGUGGCUGGGCAUCAAGAGAGACGCGCAAAGUUUUGCGAAGAACUGUGUGGCAUGCCAACGCGCCAAAACAGGGCCCGUUGAUGCCCUUCCCGACGACCGCGGCAAGAUUUGCACAUAUCAAUGUCGACUUCAUCGGUCCCUUCCCGGUCAGCAACGGUAACCGCUACUGUUUGACCGUCAUUGACCGUUUCACUCGUUGGCCAGAAGCAGUACCGAUUCCGGCCAUCACUCAACUUCAAUUGGAUCGCACGAUUUGGGGUCCCGACCCACGUUACUACCAAUUAGGGGAGACAAUUCGAAACGUCCUUAUUCAAUGAGCUGACUCGAGCAUUGGGAACGAAACACAUUCGUACAACGGCCUAUCACCCACAGGCUAACGGGAUGAUCGAGCGAUGGCAUCGAACUAUAAAAGCGGCAAUAUGCUGCAAAGGCGCCUCCCGAUGGAGCGAACAUCUCGAGUUGAUUUUACUUGGAUUGCGUACCACAUUCAAGAACGAUAUCAACGCGUCUCCAGCCGCACUCGUGUAUGGUACGACACUCACGAUUCCCGCUGAGUUCUUCGUCGAGAAGUCUCCAAUAUCCUUGGCCAACCAGUCCGACUUCGCCGAAACGCUGCGCGAAGUGAUGAGCAGUAUACGACCGUCGAAAACCGCAUGGCAUACGAACCGAUCCACGUUUGCCCACUCCGACCUUAAUAUGUGUACACACGUCUUCGCACGCAACGACACCGUCCCGCACUAACAACAUCAUAUCACGGACCAUAUCAAGUUCUCACAAAAAAUCCCAAGUCGUUUCAGAUAUUGCUGCAUGGACUUCCCUCUACGGUUUCCGGGUAUCGCCUGACGGCUGAGGAACCACAUUCGCCAGACAACCAGCUACAGAUGAACCAUGAACACGUUACUCCGGCGUCUCGGCCGCCGCCAGACGAACAACGACAGACGAACCUGGACCACGACGCUCCAACGCGCCAAUUGUCGUCACCCGAACAGCAGCGUACCGGCCCGACGCACUCCCUUCCAACGCCACGUACAUCGUCGCUACAACAGACUGGGCCACCAACAACUAUCUUACGACGUGAAGAUACGAAGAUAUCGACCGGUGUCACAAGAUCAAUUCGGAAAGUGAUCAUUCUUCUACGUUACCAAUGACACCGCUCUAAGAGGGGAGUACUGUAGCGACCGUGUCCAGACCCGAUUCUACAAUAGACAACCGGAA